AACCAUCUUUAUCCGUCCCAUCCUCACCACAAAUCUGUCGUCCGAAAUGAUGGCCAGAUCGAGCUGACCGUUGGACCCUACCGCACAUCCGUUGUAGCCCCUCCAACCAACCGGUCAGGAUCUCGCACACGCGUGCCACGUCAGCACCCGUGAGGGGAGUUCCCACUCUUACUUGGCAUUUCAUAAGUAAUAACGAAAAACAGAUCCGACGGCAUUCCAAGCGCGGAUCUUCUCCGGCAAAUCAAAAUGCAUCUCGCUCCCUGAAAUGCUCCUCUCUCUCUCUCUCUCUCUCUCUCUCUCUCUCUCUCUCUCAUCCAUUCUCAGAUCUCUAAGGUCCCAUUUUCACCUUCCCGAAUCCCAAGAUGUAUAUGGCCUACGGAUGGCCGCAGGUCAUCCCUCUCCAGCCCUGCACCUGCCCUUCAUCCGAGCAGAUCAUCUACCUCAAGCUCAUCAAUCGCCUCCUCCUCGUUGUGGGCCCCACUCACCUCGAACUGUGGAGCUCCUCUCAGCAUAAGGUGAGAUUGGGAAAGUAUAUGAGAGAUGCGGAUUCGGUCCAGAGAGAAGGGGAGUAUUUGCAGGCGAUUUGGAGCCCCGAUACGAAGCUUGUUGCUGUUCUUACCUCGUCAUUCUUUCUUCACAUUUUUAGGGUCCAGAUUACAGACAAAAAACUACUAGUUGGAGGGAAGCAACCUUCUGGGUUAUUUCUCGCAUCUAUAUCUCUGGUUCUCAAUGAGAAGGCACCCUUUUCAGAUAGGAACUUGGCAAUGAGCAAUUUUGUCUGCGACAACAAAUACAUUCUACUUGGACUUUCUAAUGGGUUUUUGCAUCCUCUGUCAUGGAAGGGAGAGUUUGGUGGCUCCUUUGAACUUGAUGGUCACCCUCGGGGCACCAAUGAGACAACUGAACCCAUGCGUUCUUUGGACAAUGGGUCUUCUGCUUCUGAAGGAACAUUAAGAGUUUCAACAUCCAGCCAUAGUUCUGCUAGUGGUUCUGCUGUUAUCCAGCUUGAACUGUCGUUGCCAUUGAGGUUACUAGUUGUUUUGUUUUCCAAUGGUGAAGUUGCAUUAUGUUCGAUAAGUAAGAAAGGUUUAAAGCAAAAGGAUUCAAUUAACGCUGAAAGAUGGUUGAAUUCUGUCGAUGCUGUGUGUGCUUCAGUAGCUUCAGACCAACAAAUCCUUGCAGUCGGUUGUAAAAGAGGGAUUGUUGAAUUAUAUGACCUGGCAGAGAAUGCAUCACUUCUUCGCACUGUAUCUUUGUAUGACUGGGGGUACUGCAUGGAGGAUACUGGUUCUGUAAGUUGUAUAGCCUGGGCACCUGAUAAUACUGCUUUUGCUGUUGGGUGGAAGUUUAGAGGUCUUGCCGUUUGGUCUGUAUCUGGUUGCCGCUUAAUGUGCACAAUUCGUCAAAUUGGAAUGAGUUCCGUCUCUUCUCCAAUGGUGAAACCGAAUCAAGACUUUAAGUAUGAGCCUUUGAUGGGUGGCACCGCAUUGGUGCAGUGGGAUGAAUAUGGAUACAGGCUCUACGCUGUUGAGGAAAGGUCUUCAGAGAGGCUUCUUGCAUUUUCUUUUGGCAAAUGCUGUCUUAACAGAGGCAUUUCAGGCACAACAUAUGUUCGUCAAGUGAUUUAUGGUGAAGACCGAGUGCUUGUGGUGCAAUCCGAAGAUACAGAUGAGCUUAAAAUAUUACAUCUUAACCUUCCAGUAUCUUAUAUUUCACAGAAUUGGCCAGUUUUACAUGUGGUGGCUAGCAAAGAUGGUAUGUACUUGGCAGUUGCAGGUCUCCAUGGGUUGAUCUUGUAUGACAUACGGAAUAAAAAGUGGCGUGUAUUUGGAGAUAUUACCCAAGAACAAAAAAUUGAGUGCAAAGGCUUGUUAUGGUUAGGGAAAAUUGUUGUCAUUUGUAACUAUGUGGAUUCGUCCAACACGUAUGAAUUGCUCUUUUAUCCAAGAUAUCAUCUUGAUCAGAGCUCUUUACUUUGUCGGAAACCAUUGCUUGGCAAGCCAAUGGUAAUGGACGUGUUUCAAGAUUAUAUACUUGUUACAUAUCAUCCAUUUGAUGUUCACAUAUUCCAUGUUAAAAUCUCUGGUGAAUUGUCACCUUCGAGUAAUCCAGUUUUACAGCUUUCUACAGUACGAGAGCUUUCAAUCAUGACCGCAAAGAACCAUCCUGCAGCAAUGCGUUUCAUCCCUGAUCCACUGCCAAGAGAAGGUAUCUCAGAGAACCAUUUCGCAUCUACUUCAGGUUCCUCAUUUGGACAACCUGCUAGAUGUUUAAUAUUGCGGACAAAUGGCGAGCUUUCAUUACUUGAUUUGGAUGAUGGACGUGAGCGAGAGCUUGCUGAUUCAGUUGAACUCUUUUGGGUUACUUGUGGAGAAUCAGAGGAGAAGGCAAAUCUGAUUGAGGAAGUUUCGUGGUUAGAUUAUGGUCACCGAGGAAUGCAGGUCUGGUAUCCAUCUCCUGGAGUUGACCCCUUUAAGCAGGAGGAUUUCUUGCAGUUGGAUCCUGAGUUGGAAUUUGACCGUGAGGUUUAUCCCCUAGGGCUUCUCCCAUAUGUUGGGGUUGUAGUUGGUGUCUCCCAGAGAAUGUCAUUUUCAACAUGCACAGAGUUUCCGUGCUUUGAGCCUUCUCCUCAAUCUCAAACAAUAUUACAUUGUUUAUUACGGCAUCUUCUUCAGAGGGACAAAAGUGAGGAAGCUUUACGGUUAGCACACUUAUCCGCAGAAAAGACUCAUUUUUCCCACUGUUUGGAGUGGCUCCUUUUCACUGUAUUUGAUGCUGAAAUAGCCAGGCAGAAUGCAAACAAGAACCAGGCUUCAAUUCCGGAAGAGUCUGCAAAUAUCUCCCUUUUGGAGAAAACCUGUGAUUUAAUCAGAAAUUUUCCUGAAUACCUUGAUGUAGUCGUAAGUGUUGCGAGGAAAACUGAUGGGCGACAUUGGGCUGAUUUGUUCUCUGCUGCUGGAAGAUCAACAGAGUUGUUCGAAGAGUGCUUCCAACGAAGAUGGUACCGGACUGCUGCUUGCUAUAUACUAGUGAUUGCUAAACUUGAAGGUCCUGCCGUGAGUCAGUACUGUGCUUUGCGGUUAUUACAGGCAACACUUGAUGAAUCUUUAUAUGAGCUUGCUGGAGAGCUGGUGAGGUUCUUGCUUAGAUCUGGAAGAGAUUAUGAACAUGCUGGUGCAGAGGCUGACAAAAUGUCUCCAAGAUUCUUGGGGUAUUUCCUUUUCCGCUCUAGUUUCAAGCGGCAGCCUUCUGACUUGAAAAGCACUGCAGUCAAAGAGCAAAGCGCACAUGUUGCUUCUGUUAAGAACAUUCUGGAAAGCCAUGCUAGCUAUUUGAUGUCAGGAAAGGAACUUUCCAAACUUGUGGCAUUUGUAAAGGGAACUCAAUUUGAUCUAGUGGAGUAUCUUCAGCGAGAAAGAUCUGGAUCUGCUCGCUUAGAGAAUUUUGCGUCUGGGCUUGAACUAAUUGGGCAAAAGCUUCAAAUGAAUACUUUGCAAAGUCGGUUGGAUGCUGAAUUUUUGUUGUCACAUAUGUGUGCGGUCAAGUUUAAAGAAUGGAUUGUGGUCCUGGCUACUCUUUUAAGGCGUGCAGAGGUCUUGUUUGAUCUUUUCCAACAUGAUAUGCGGUUGUGGAAAGCAUAUAGCAUGACUCUCCUGUCACAACCUGCUUUUGCUGAGUACUAUGAUCUGCUGAAAAUCUUGGAAGAGCAGCUUUCUUCUAUUCCUAAUUCAGAGGAGAGAUGAGGGGGCAUUGAACAUCUCAUGGUAAAUGGAAUUUUUUUGUCCAACAGGCUAGACAAUAGUGAUCAGCAUUUGUUGGAAUUUGCAUCAAUGAUUUACAGGUGCACUGUUAUAGCCCACCUCAACAUUAAGAGGGUAUGAAAUUUCAGCGUAGGCCUGAUCACAUCAGUGAGCUUCAGCUGGAUGGCUUGGAUCCGACGUACAUGUGAUGCAUUCACUUGUGCGCAAGAGAUGGAAAAUCAAUGCCUCCCCCCAUGAUUUUGUUUUUUGAGCUGCAUCGCCGUAACAGGCAAGAAACCCUUUGGAUGAACACUUUGUAAUGCCCAUUAUGUAAAGAGCAACAAAUGACAUUUGAAAGUUAUUGCCGUUGUAAUGAAUGUGUUUUUAAAACGGUGUUGUAACCUUUAUAACACGAUGACUGAUAGGACCGUCCACCAUUUGGGUCCACUUGGUUUA